UUUCCUUUUUACCCCUUGCUGCCUUGGCAAUUCUAGUAGGGGGUAAAAAAUGGCUUCCAAUUCAAUGAUGUAACUUUUGCUCCUGAAGAAAUCCUGGGAUGAUCAAAACGCAAUUGCAUCCCAUUUUUCCAGGAUUUUCUUUUUCAAAGGUACAUUACUUAAUUAACAUGGCUUCUUCUCUUUGAUCCCUUCUUUUUUUUUUUACCCCUUUUACAAUCUUGUUCUUUUGGUCUAUUUUCUCCAUCGAGAUGAAGGGUUCUUUUGAGUAGGUUGAUUGAUUAUCAAAAUUGAAAAAAAUCAACACAACCAAAGAACCCCUUCAAAUAUUACAUCUCUAUCAUGAAUGUAUUCUCGAGAGUAUUUGGAAUGUGAUUAUAUUGAUUUUGAAUCGCUUUGUGGAAUUUUCCUGUUCCAUUCUUUUACCAUAAGGAAACAAUUUUUUAUUAUCAGAAAAAUGUCACCAAAAACAACAAAAAGUUUUGAAAACAAUGUUGUUGAUUAUGUUCACUCUUUCUUUGAUUGAGAAUAAAAUUAUAAUUUCGAUGGCGAUCAUAGACAUAAGCAAUACUACUAAUUAUUAGUUAAUUUAAAUGUCUACCUCUUUCUUUCAUUUGUAGGAAAACAAACAUUUUCAGGGGCAAAUUGCAUACUACACUAACAUUAUCUAAUUACUCAACGCUAUGACAGCAAGAUGUUGCUGGCCAAAGAUAUUCAGUAGUUAUUGUUGCAAUUUUGGGUGUUGUAACGGUGCUGACGGCGAAGACGAUCAAGAUCAGAUUAAUGCCGACGACCCAAAUCAUCACAUAGAGCUAGCUACGGGAAGGGUUCAACUCAUCAACACGAUCCAGAAAUGGGACGCCAAGCUCCUCGAGGCCAAGAAGGCCGGCAAGAUUGUCAUCCUCAAUUUCAGCUCUUCCUGGAGUAGUCCUUGCAGAAGGAUAGCUCGACCCUAUUGCAAGCUUGCCGACAGAUAUCCUUCUAUCACAUUUCUUACCGUUGACGUAGAUGCACUCGCGGAAAUGAGUUCGACAUGGGAAGUCAAGGCCACACCCACAUUUUUCUUCCUGAAAGAAGGGAAACAAUUGGACAAACUUGUUGGUGCGGACAAGCUAGAGCUCAAAACGAAGAUUGCUAACAUUGAUAGUCUACCCUCAUAGUAUUACAAAAAAGCAAGUGCAAGUGAUUAUUUUGGUUAGAGAUUUGCCCUUAUUUUUUUCUUAGUGCUCUCAGCCAAACAAAAUGUAAAGCAAGUUUGAUUAAAAAAAAAAGGAUUGGAAGAGGAAGAAGAAGAGGAAAAGGAAGAGAGGUGUACAUGUUCAUGAAAAAUGUAUGGGUCAUCAUACUUGACUAUGAUUUUGUAUUAAUACUUUUGCAUGAACGUGUAGAUGUAUUAAUUUUUUGUUUUCUAUGCUCUUGAAAUUUUAGAAACCCAACAUAUUUAUUGAGAGGACUACAAAAAGAAGGAUGAUUUUCACUAUAUAUCUCCAUUAAAUUGCUCAUAUUUCA